UUUUUAACCUGUCUGACAACUUAUUUUUCUAUCGGUGAUUCUUCAUCUGCUGGCAUGCCAAGUACCAACGACCAUCCUAUUGCAGCUGUUUACACCAGCCUCCACAAUACCAGUCUUGAACAUGGUCCUUUUGGACUCUGUUUGCAACUUUUCUUGGAAUUCAGGAGAAACUCCACCAGAGGUGAGAAUUAACUUCAUCACUGGGGCCUAUGCCAUGAAUGUAACUGUUAAAAUGCCUUGCAGUUUUACUUUAAAUGAACAAAGGUUUAUGGCAAAAAUAUUUUCUGGAGGCCAAAAUAAUACUGUUACUGGAAAGCAACCCACAUAAUUCAUCACCUAGAACUGUCUAAAUUUACACAUUAAAACGUUGUUUAACAUAACAAUUGACCAACUGUAACUUGAUCUAUUAAAAUUCAGCUCAGUCGAAUAAAAUAUAACGAUAUUGGUUCACUUAUUUUUUCAUUACAAAGCAGUCAUGUGUAUUCAGUUUCCCGCGUUCUGCCAGACGCAAUCCUCUGGCUCCGCCCUCUAACGGAACCACGCUUGUCAAUCAGUGGUAGACUCCGCCCCCAUAUCGCCCCGCCUGUCAGUAGUGGCGAGACUCCGCCCCUUCCCUGUACCUCUUACACAAACAGCACCAGAGGACGGGCAGAGUAAAUAGAGAAAGCCCCAAGAUGGCGGAGUCGCUGAGCUUCAUUCACUUCGCAGCAGCGGAUAAAAACGCACUGGCGAAACCCAAGGACGUUAAAGCGCCAUCGGAGAGUCGAGCGCAGUCAUCCCGUGACCACCAUCACCCUCCGCCGCCGCCCAAGAAAGUUCGCAACGAGGAGAAGAGCGUUAAACCCAAGAAACUGAACGGAGGAGGCGGCGGCGGCGGCGGCGACGACGACGACGACGACGACGACGACGGUGGUGGAGGAGGAGGCGCAGAAGAGAAGCAGCACCAGAGUUACGGCAGCUUGACAACAUGGAGCGUCGGUCCCGUGAAGGCGAGCCAGCCCGCCGUGCCCGUCCACACGGCCGCACACGGGCUCCUCAAGCAGAGCGACUUCCUCGUGUGCGUGCCGAAGCCGAAGAAGCCCAAGCGCGAGAAGGAGGAGAAGCUGAAGAAGCACAGGGAGACGUCGUCGUCGGGCGCGAGCCGCCGCGUGUCCGGCUGCGCGGUGAAGACGGAGAAUGGGGAGGUGAAGCUGGUGCAGCAAGUUUCAGAUCAUAAUGGCAGAGAGAAAGAGAAGGAGAAAGAGAAGAAAAAAGAGAAAGAAAAGCAGCACGAGAGGGAGAAGAAAAAACACAAAGUGAUGAAUGAAAUUAAGCGAGAAAAUGGUGAGGUGACGAUGCUUCCAAAAGGCGAGAAACUUCAAUCAAAAAUAAAUUCUGAGGAACUGCAGAUUAAGAAGGUGAAGAAAAAAAAGAAAAAGAAACACAAAGAGAGUGACAAGUGGAAGCGUCCCAAGAUGCAAAGCAGGUCUUGUCAGACGUUGUGCUCGGGGCUUGUGUCAGACCCCCCACUAAACGACAUCAGACCCCCGCAGCUGCUCCACCAGGGCUGUGUCACUGUGAAAGAGGAGAGAGACUGCAGCCCCCUGCACGGUAAACAUCCUGGGGUCAGACCGCCAGGCACAGAGGGAAUGGAGUUCGGCCGACUGGUCCACGUGGAGCGACAGCCUAAUGGUGGUGCCCUGGUGGUCCACGCCUACAGCGAGGAGCUGGCUCACCUCUCCCCUGCUGAGAUGCAGCGUUUUGCCAAGGAGUUUGUUACGCUGGCGUUCAGCGAGGACCAGGAGGGUGCCGCUCAUUAUGUCAUGGCCAUCGUCCACGGUGCUGCCGCCUACCUGCCAGACUUCCUGGAGUACUUCUCUCUCAAAUUCCCCAAUUCACCUGUCAAGAUGGAGAUAUUGGGGAAGAAAGACAUCGAGACAACCACCAUGUCCAACUUCCAUGCUCAGGUGAAGAGAACCUACUCCCACGGCACGUACCGUGCAGGCGCCAUGCGGCAGAUCAGCCUGGUGGGUGCUGUGGAUGAGGAGGUCGGAGAUUAUUUCCCAGAAUUCCUCAGCAUGCUGGAAGAAUCACCCUUUCUGAAAUGUACGCUGCCCUGGGGAACCUUCUCCAGCCUGAGGCUGCAGAACCCCACAGAGAGUGAUGACGGACCCAUCAUGUGGGUACGACCAGGGGAGCAGAUGAUUCCUGUGACCGACAUGCCUAAGUCGCCGUUUAAAAGGAAAAGGACGACCAAUGAAAUUAAGAACCUGCAGUACCUACCUCGGACCAGCGAGCCACGUGAAAUGCUGUUUGAGGACCGGACACGUGCCCAUGCAGACCACGUCGGCCAGGGAUUUGACCGGCAGACCACAGCAGCGGUGGGGGUGCUGAAGGCCGUGCGCUGUGGGGAGAGUGUGGAUUCUCCUCGGAUCACCAAAGACGUGGUAUGCUUCCAUGCUGGGGACUUCCUAGAGGUGGUGCAGAGGCUGCAGCUGGACCUGUAUGAGCCACCCCUCUCUCAGUGUGUCCAGUGGGUAGACGAUGCCAAGCUAAACCAGCUGCGGCGGGAGGGAAUCCGUUACGCCCGCAUCCAGCUCUACGACAAUGACAUCUACUACAUCCCCCGUGGUGUGGUGCAUCAGUUCAAGACUGUGUCAUCUGUCUGCAGCCUGGCCUGGCACAUUCGUCUGAGGCAGUACCAUGGGGAUGCCGGGGAAGAGGAGACAAAGGAGGGGGUGGGGAGCACCGCAUCUCCGCAGGCAGCCCUGGAAUGCCCAGAGCCCCAUGGCCUAACCCCUACGGACUCUCAAACCCUGAGACGAGUCUCAGUUUCUCAGAUCAAAUUGGAACCCACAGACUCUCCUCUAGGUGGCACUGCGAAGCCCUCUGCUCCCCCUCUGCUGGAAGGCAGGCUCAUACCCCCUCAGCCAUUAGAGUGUGGGGCCACUCCAUUCAAAAGCAGUCCCCCAUCACGCAGCGAAAGACAGAGAGACAUAUUGCACCCAAAGCCCCUUGUCGCUCCCCAAGACAUACGGCACCCCAAGGACAUGUGCCCACCCCAACCUGUUAAACAAAACCCGCAUGAACAGCAAAAUGACUUUUUGUACUGAUUUUGUACAUACUUUUUUUUAAGACUCAAGUUUUUCUUUCUCCAACCUCACCCCCACUCACACAGUAAGUGUGUGUUAAGGUGUGGCCUGUGGCAAUUCACGGGGCAGGUGUGCGGCUGUACGCCGUUGCUGAAUGAACACACAAAUGUAGCUCGUCACACUCGUCAGUGCCUCAGUUACUGUGAACACUGCAAAUGCAGGUGGGCAGUGAAACAGGUCUUCGGAUAAUAUAUUUUUAAGUUUUAGGUUCAUACAGUUACAGCUGACAAGUACAGAAAUUGUUUUUUGUAAGAUGAAAAUGAAUUAUUUUAUUGACUCUGGGGUUUUUCCAUAGAGCUUAUUUAUAUUGGUUUUUUGCAUUUUAAAUGUCAGCACUGUAGUGUAAAUAUUUUUUUUACUUGUAGUGUGAUUUAUACUUAAAUAUAAACCUCGCUAAUAAAGGUUCAAAACAUGGGAGUUGUCAUGUAAAGCAGCUGUGUCACUGAACAUCGCAUGACCUACAACCUGAAGGAAAAGGUAGGUCGCCUGAUGGAAAGACCCAGGAGGGUCACACUUUUGCAAUAUCAUUUACUUAAUUCAUAAAAUGCAUGUAAUGCACUCUUUCAGUGCUUUCCAAAAUCUGUCAUUGAGGAUUCUGCUUUACAUGAGCCAUGACUGACAAAAGUGUACCAAGUUCUUGAGCUAAAACAAAUAUGCUCAGUGAAAUUGAGGACCAUCUACCUCCUUGUUCUUAAAAGUGCCUUUUAACUUCACUCGUGUCAUCAUACUGGAUAAACAUGUUUUUGUCCAAGUUGAUUUUCUGAUGAAUCUGAGGUAGCUCUCAUUCAGAAACCUUAAUUGAUCAAAUGCAUGACUGAGAAAACUAAUGGCACACCUGUCAUCAUUCUCCACUUAUUCGUAUGUUAUCAAUUCAUCUUAUCCGCUGGAAAUGAUCACAAAUGGGAUCAUUCCUGCCAACCCCCAAGUUGAAUAAACUUUGUCAUAUUAUUGUGGUUUGCCAUGUCAAAUAAGUUUACAUUCACAGCUUGGUUCUGCUGGCUCUGGCUGGCCUGGCAAAAUUGCUUCUUAGAUGCUCCUGUGGAUUAGUGUUGGCAACUUGCUUCCGGCCUGUUCUCAGUGUGAUGCAACGAGCUGAAUUUGAGUAUUGCUGAAUAUCAAACAAUACUUCCUGUCCAAUUAGCAUUUUGUUUUGAUUCCACUGAUCUCAUGUGAGAUGGGGAGAAUAUUAAAAGCAAAUCACACAAGUAAAAGACAGGGUAGGGAUAUGAAUAUUCACAACAGACUUGUAAAACAUGGCUUUGAAAAGUUUCGUGAAUGUUGCAUUGAGGAAAGUUAAUCUUCAGAAUGUAUACUUGAACAUGAAAAAGAACUUAUGAUACAUCUACCAAAGCCAGUGUACACUCGUAUUGGGUUAGAAACAUCCAAGCUGACGAUUUUUGAUAUACGCAAGAAGUUCCGAGUUUAAAUGUGUUUUCACCGUUUUGUAAAAUUGUCGCGGUUUUUCUGCAACUAGUUUGCAGUAAAACCCUCCAGCUCAGAAGGGUGUGGUUUUCCAUACAAAUUUCAUUGUUUUUCAAUCAUUUUUAUCCAAAAAUUUUACAGGAAUUACCCAGUGAAGAAAUAGAGCUGUGUGUCUUGCAAAACUGAUGGUGACAAACAUGUUUACGUGAUGAAUUGGUCAGUGUCAUAUGAAAUAGUCUGGAUUUUAAGGUGAAACAUUUUCUAGUAGUUUCUCCAACUUGUUCUCCUUUCUUUACUCUGGCAUUUCUUUCUCCUGUGGUGUCUCAAGUGUAGAAGUAACGCAACACUCAUACGUAAAGUAGAACACAAGCUCUUAUUUCAAAGUACUGUAGACUUUAACGUCGCUUAUGUUCAUAAGAUAAAAUAAACGGGUGUCCCAG